AUAUGUUUGACCGCAUUAUCAAACCAUUGAGUGAUUGAGUGGUUGUCUGACAGACAAUGAGUGUCACCGCCCGACACGUGUCCACCAAAUGUCACCUCCAAGUGAUGGACAUCUUCGACGAGUUGACCGAAGAGAACCUUCGACUCUGCAAACAGCUAUCAUUAGCACACAAGUUGUGUCAACUGGUGGAUCAGUUCAGAGACAAUUUGAAUGAUUUCUACAAUUGCUGUGAAUGUGACACAAGUGUUGGUCCCAAGACUGUCUACCAUCACCUCCAGGAUCAAUAUAAACGUGUUUGUGAUGAGAUUGAAGCUGCCAUCGCGAGUGGUCACUCCGUUACCACUGAUGACUGCAGUCAGACACCUGUUAAUCCAAUUCAUGUCUUCGUUGAUAAUAUCUUAAAUGAAAGUCCGGACAAAAUGUUUAUUAAUCGUGUGCUUAAGACUGAAGUGUUAGACAACGACUCAGAUAUAGAUGUGGACAUCGAUGACAACGGAUCAGAUCGCUUAAGCACUGGAGACCAGGAUGACGGCAAUGAUAGCUCCAGAAUGGAUCAUAGAGUGGUUCCCAAAACUAGAGUGAAUUCGAGGCCUAAGCCGGGAAGACAAGUAAAAACACGUGAUUUGGAUGAGAAUCGGACCAAAUGUGAAGAAUGUCUUCGAGUGUUUGCAUCGAGUCAUCAGCUGUCGAAACAUAUCCGAAGAACCCAUAGAGAACUCUUCGACCGAAAGACAAAGAAAUUCAUUUGUAGUGACAGUGGAUGUGGUCUUCAAUUCAAGAAAUUCAGUCAAUUAGUAAUCCAUAAAAACAGACACUCCGGAGACAAGCAAUUUAAAUGUGCGGACACUCACGAGGGCUGCGAAUGGACUUUCUUUACGGCUGGCGAACUCAGGUAUAAAUCCAAUUUGCAAUUAUGGGACACAUCGGACGACGCGUUUAAUAGUUAUGUCCCUGAUAAGACUUUUCUGAAACACGAUUUCAAUUCAAACUAUUCAGUGAUUAAAAACAGGCGAACCAAUAAUAUAAUGCGAUAUAUUUGUAAUUAUAUUUACUGUGACUUUAAGUCCGUCGGCAACGAGAGAAUCGUGGAUCACAUCCAACGCCUGCACUUCAAUAAGAUUCCCAUGAAAUGCGAGGAAUGCGUUGAUAUGUUUUCCUGUGUUUUUCUCGAGUAUUUGGUCAGAAACAGACAUUUCGGUGAAAAGAAGUUCAAAUGUUGGGAUCAGUUCCCGGAUUGCAAGUGGAGUUUCUUCACGAUCGGGGAAUUGAAGCCGGGAUGUGAUUCAAAGUUUGUGAGAGAGCAGGCCCUCAGAGUUCAUAUGACAAGCCAUACGGGCCUUAAGACAUUUGUAUGCGAUUGGCCGGAGUGUGGCCACUCUUUCCGAUCCAAUGCAAACCUAAGAAUGCAUUACACGUCACACACUAACGACAGGCGCUAUGAGUGCGAAUGGCCCGGAUGUGAGUCACGAUUCUUAAAUAAAGUCCAACUCAGGAGACACUACUUAUGCCAUAAGAGUGAGGGUGACUUUGCCUGUACGUGGGAUAACUGCAACAAAAAACUUAAAACUAAAUUUUCGUUGAGAAUUCAUUUGAUGGCACAUAAGGGCGAGAGACCUCACUUUACACGCCGGUUACUCACGCUAUACGCCAAGUGA